GAAACAACAUCGGAAAUAUUAAAAGACAAGAAUUUUGGAAUGUUAGUGUUUGUUUCACUCUAAAUGUUUAGUGAUUCUAGUCUCUCCUCUCUGGUCCGAACGCAAACACUGAACAAACAUGUCAUCUUCACAACCCUUUUUUUAUCCUUCCAAGUGUUGGGCUUGUUAGAAGAUUUAGGAGCAAAACUCGGGUUCCAAGAAAAAUGUGCUGCGGAGCCUCUGGUUAAUCAAAACAACAACAAAAAUUACAGAAAGGAACGUCAAAAUUCAAAUUAAAAAAAAUAAAGAGCCGAGAAAAGAUAAAGGAAAAGGAACAUAAUUCUGCGACAGAGAGGAGAAUCUAGUGACUGGUUUGUUCUAGCUUUUGUUUUUCUUAUGAUUUAAUUUCACUUUUUUCUGAAAUUUUCAAUCACCCUUUUGAGGAGACAAGGAAAAAUAGAUACCCAUUUGGGAAAUUCAUUGGAAAAUCAGUGAAAUCAGAUACAUUUUGCUGUUUUUCUUUUUCCCAUUUUGGGGAUUUUUAGGGUUCUUGGUUUAAUUUAUUUUGUGGGUUUUGUUGUUUGAAUGGUCAUUGUUAUGUUAUUUGGGGUUGAUUUGAUUGUAAAGAGGAAGCUUGAUUUGAGGUAGUGUUGGUAGAGGGAGUUAGAUUUGUAUACAUAGUUGUAGAAAAAUAGAUAUAGAGAGAUGAACAAAGAAUUCGGUGGCAUUGUUAAGGGCUGGGAAGUAACAAUAAGAAAAUCACAAGCAGCUGCAAAGAAAAGGGCAAAGAGCAUUUUUGCAACAAUGUCAGUAGCCCAUGUAGAUGAUGAUGAUAACGAUAAUGAUAAUGAUGAUAUUCCGGUUGAGGUUAUUGAUAUAGAGAAGUCUUUUCCGGGUGGUGAUCAUUAUACAGGCCAGUGGCUUAACAACUGUCCUCAUGGUCAGGGGAGUUAUAUGUGGUCUGAUGGGUGCAUGUAUGUGGGAGAGUGGUUCCGAGGUCAGUUGACUGGAAAAGGUAAGUUUAGUUGGAUUGGGGGUGCAACCUAUGAGGGUCAAUUUAAGGAUGGGUUUAUGGAUGGUGAAGGGAUGUAUGUGGGUUCUUCAAGUGAUGUAUAUAUGGGGAAGUGGGUUAUGAACGUGAAGCAUGGUAUGGGAACUAUACAUUUUCCUAGUGGAGAUUCUUAUGAUGGUGAUUGGCGUCGAGGGCUGCAACAUGGGCAAGGGAGAUAUACUUGGCAUUUUGGUUACAAGUAUAGCGGCCACUGGAAGAAUGGGGAGAUGAGUGGCAAUGGCAUAAUGACUUGGAAGAAUGGAAAUCAAUACGAUGGGUGCUGGGAGGCUGGACUUCCUAAAGGAAAUGGGACUUACAGAUGGCCGGAUGGGAGUUCUUAUGAGGGUGUUUGGAGUAAAGACCCGAAUGAACAGAGUGGUAAUUAUUAUCCCUCAACAUCAGGUACAGAAAAUAGUGAUUGGGACCCUCAAGAUGUCAUGGUUAGAUUGGGUGAAUGUAAAGCAUGUCAAGGUGAAAAGAUUACACCAUUUCCUUCUCAGAAGACGUUUAGUUGGUCUACUGGUAAGACGACAAAGGGAAGCAAAGGAAAAUCAAGACUAAAGAGAAUGUCAAUUGAUGUUAGGUUAAAUAGUAAUAGCGGGGGUUCUGAAGCUGAUGUUGCCUCCGAGAUUUCUACAAGAAAUUCAGUGGAAGGAAAAGAAGUGAAUGAAGGUGUAAAAAGUCUCCAGAUUGAUGAUAGGGAUAAGUCCAGUGGGAUUCCAGGGAACAUCACAAUACGGACCCCAAAGAGACAGGGGCAUACAAUACACAAGGGGCAUAAGAAUUAUGAGCUUAUGCUCAAUCUACAGCUUGGAAUAAGGCAUUCUGUAGGAAGGCCUGCUCCUGCUAUCUCUCUCGAGUUAAAACCAACAGCCUUUGAUACCAAUGAAAAGAUAUGGACCAAAUUUCCCACCAAAGGAUCCAAGCAUACACCACCUCAUCAAUCGUGUGAUUUUAAAUGGAAAGAUUACUGCCCUUUAGUUUUCAGGACUCUUAGGAAGUUAUUUAAGGUGGAUCCUGCUGAUUACAUGCUCUCCAUAUGUGGGAGUGAUGCUCUUCGCGAGCUCUCGUCGCCUGGAAAAAGUGGAAGCUUCUUUUACUUAACCAAUGAUGACAAGUACAUGAUAAAGACAAUGAAGAAGGCUGAAGUUAAAGUCUUGAAGAGAAUGCUUCCUGCCUAUUAUAGUCAUGUCCAAGCAUUCGAGAACACUCUACUGACCAGCUUUUUUGGUCUUCACUGUGUGAAACUGACUGGAACUACUCAGAGAAAGGUUCGAUUUGUUAUAAUGGGAAACUUGUUCUGUACUGAGGUACCCAUUCACAGGCGUUUUGACCUGAAAGGCUCUUCUCACGGUCGAGUAACAGACAAACCUGAAUCUGAAAUUGAAGCCACUACAACCCUGAAGGACCUUGAUCUUAAUUUUAUUUUCCGUUUACAGAACCUGUGGUUCCAAGAAUUCUGCAGGCAAGUGGAAAGGGACUGUGAUUUUCUUGAGCAGGAAAGAAUAAUGGAUUAUAGUCUUUUAGUUGGUAUUCACUUCCGUGGAAAUUCCAGUAGAGGAGGCAAUCAAGACAGUAACAGUGUGGGAACAAGUCCUCGUUCUACUUCUGACAUGGGUCUUCUUUUUCAUCCAUCCGGGGAAACAGUUAAAUUAGGCAUAAACAUGCCUUCUCGAGUUGAGCAAACAGUUAGAAGUUUCGAGACCCAGUUAAUUGGAGAACCAACAGGAGAAUGUUAUGAUGUCAUACUCUACUUUGGUAUGAUAGACAUACUACAAGAUUACGACAUUAGCAAGAAGCUGGAGCAUAAAUAUAAAGCAUUUCAAUAUGACCCAACGUCAAUCUCAGCAGUCGAUCCCAGGCAAUAUUCCAAACGUUUCCGUGAUUUUAUAUUUAAAGUUUUCUUAGAUGAUAAAUAGAAUCGAUACGUAGAUGCCAGUUUCAGUUAGUUGCUAGAAGCCCUCGUGUAGUGUACAGUCAGCCUCCAGUAAAUACUCAUGGAUACCAGCACAAACUAGUCAGAUUUCCGUCAUUAGAAUAGCCAUCAGAGGGUGUAGCGAAUAGUCAUUUAUUAGUAAUUUUGCAGUCUUCACCCUUCUACUUAAACAUAGAAAUGUGUCUAGAGAACUUGGCUGAUAGUAGCAAUGUACUAAUAGAAUGCCCUUGUGUACAAGAGAUAUUAGAAGGUGGAAUUUUUAGCUAUGGAAUUUUUAGCUAUAGUGAACUCAUUUCGUGCCCAAUGAAACCGUUUUGUAUCUAAGAAGACUGGUGAUACAGGAUCGAAGUACUUAUUUUUGUUGUACCUAAGAGAAAUAGAAAAAGGAUUUAGGAA